AUGCUGAGCAUAUUAGGGUUGGAAAUACCGUCGGAGGUUCCGAUUCUUGACAUGGAACUAACGCCGAACGUGGUUGUCUCUCUGCCGAAUAAUACCAGGUCCACCGCCGAUGUGCCGGCGUCGGCUCCGGUCGACGGUUUAUACCUGAGAUACAAAUGGUAUCGGGUAGAGGGUAAUAAGAAUGCUACACGUUGUCAUCUGCAUCCGUCAGAACAAGCCACCUUACAAUGUAAUUACUGUGCACAGCGUCAGAGUCUUAUUGCGAAAAGCUACCACUGUUCAUCAAAGUGCUUUAAAGACGCGUGGCCUUUUCAUAAGACUGCACAUGAGGAAUCAAAGAAAUCUGGCAUCCAAGACGACGUGAUAAAAAACAAUAAUAACCACGGCGCAACAGGGAAGGAGACAACACUACGUGAGGUCGGGCAUUGUAGAACAUACAUGCCAACACCUGAGGAUUUGGACUGCGUUUUGAAGCUAGAGGUUUCUGUGGUCUCUGCAAAGACUGGAACGAUUUUGGGAUCACGUAUAGUCUCGACUGCUAACCGUGUUGUUCGAUACCCUACACCAUUUCCGCGUUAUUUGAUUGCUAUUAGUGGACUUCAUGAUGCGAUGAGGCAGCCAGGAAAUUUUACUGUCCUUUCAUAUAACAUCUUGUCUGACACCUCUGCCACUAGCGAUCGAUUCAGUUACUGCCCUCCAUGGGCUCGUACUUGGACAUACCGUAGAACGAACUUGCUUAUGGAGAUUUUUCGUUAUGGUGCAGAUGUAGUUUGCCUGCAAGAGGUACAAGAAGGGCAUUUGGAAGAUUUCCUAGCUCCUGGAUUGGACAAGUUUGGAUAUGAUGUUCAGUACAAGAGGAGGACUAAUGAGGUUCUGAGCGGACGAGCAAGUACAAUUGAUGGCUGUGCAACAUUUUUCAAGCGGGAUAGAUUUUCAUUUGUUCGGAAAUAUGAUAUUGAAUUCAACAAGUGUGCUCAGGCUUUGGUCGAGGCUUCUGUCCCUGAUAACCAAAAGGCGCUUGCUUCUGAACGACUGAUCAAGGAUAACAUUGGGUUGAUAGUCGUUCUAGAACCAAAAUUUUCUAUUCAGCAGCCGGCUGGUCCUUCUGCGAAGCAUCCGCUAAUCUGUGUGGCAAACACGUGUAUAGAUAUCCCAGAAGAAAUGAAGGAUGUGAUGCUCUGGCAGGUUCACACAUUAUUGAAAGGGAUUGCAAGAGUAGCUGUGAGUGACAAAAAUAUGCCUAUGAUUAUGUGUGGAGAUUUCAACAUGGUUCCUGGGAGUGCUGCUCAUUCGCUUGUUGUAAUGGGGAGUAUCCACCCGCAGCACCCGGAUUUGACGGUUGACCCUUUUGGUAUCCUGCAACCUCAGUCACAGUUGGUUCAUGAUUUGCCUCUGGUGAGUGCAUACUCAGCAUUGUCGAGACUCCCAAUAGGUCCAGGAUGGGAUAAAUACAGGAGGAGCAUACAUCGUGAUACAAACGAGCCAGUGUUUACCAUCUGUACCAAGGACUUCACAGGCUGUCAUGAUUACAUAUUCUACACAGGGAAUAAUUUGAGAGUGGAAAGCUUAUUGGAACUAAUGGAUGAAAUGGUAGUGAGGAAAAACACAGCUCUCCCAUCAACACAAUGGUCUUCUAGCCACAUUGCAAUCUUAGCCCAGUUUAGGUGCGUACUCUGA